AUGUCACCAUCGCUACCAUACGCUGCCGACGUCGAGUCGCCUCUGAAGCCCGACGAGCUUCAGGUGUUGCGCGCACAAUACGAGAAAGAGGGCGAAUACGUUGGUUUGCAGACAAAGUUUAACUAUGCAUGGGGCCUGAUCAAGUCCAACGAACGCGGCGAGCAGCAAGAAGGCGUGCGCCUCUUGUCCGACAUCUUCCGUGGCUCGCGCGAACGCCGUCGCGAAUGUCUCUACUACCUCGCCCUGGGCAACUACAAAUUAGGCAACUAUGCAGAGGCGAGAAGAUAUAACGAGCUGUUGCUGGAGCUGGAGCCGGCGAAUCUGCAGGCAGGGAGCUUGAAGGGUCUCAUUGACGAGAAGGUGGCAAAGGAGGGACUCGUUGGCGCUGCAAUUUCGGCGAACCAGAAUGCGCCCGCACCUGCGGGGAGUCAGAGGCCCGGACACCGCGAUAUGAUGUUCUGCCACGAGUGCGCCGAUGAGUGGUAUCGAGAUGAGCGCGGCCUUACAUGUCCAGAGUGUGGUUCGGACUUCACGGAAAUUAUCGAGGACGACAACGACCCGCGAGACAGCAAUAUGUUUGGCCAUGACGGCGACCAAGACGACGACGAAAUGUCCGAUGUAGAGCACACCCCGCCACAUCCAAAUCCCCACCAAAGCCCUUUCGCAGACGACGACCCAGAGGAGGCAGACAUCAGCAACUUCAAUUUGGUGCGCAUCGGACCAGGCAGAUUCAAUGUGCAGGCGACCAUAACACGGUCCGUGUCCCCGCGCGGUUUGGGCGCUGGCGUUGCGCCUGGGUCAAUCGGAGGCUUCAUGUCCAUGCUGAAUGGCCUAACUCAAGCUGCUGUGCAGGGGCAACCACCUGCUCGGGGUCAAUCUCAAGGACAAGGCGAAGGACUCUUCUCCGGUGCUGGCCAGUCAGCUUAUCAAGAGUCACAGGGCGCAGGCCAGCCAUCAGCUCACGCAGGACGCUUCACAUACCAUGGCGGGGCCCGGUUGGCACCACGAGGCGACGGGAUGGGCAUGCGCGUCGAGCCUGUUGAUGAUAUCUCCAACGUCAUGACUGGUCUAAUGGCAGCACUUGGCGCUCAAAACAUGCCACAGGGCGGCGAUGGCAGCGGUCGUGGUGGCCCUGGCGGCGAGCAUGUACCAGCACCAUUCUUAAACCUCUUCCAAUCGCUUGGUCUCAUCCCUGGAGGAGGUCAGAUGGGCGACUUCGUCUACUCGCAAGAAGGCCUCGAUCGCAUUGUAUCUCAACUCAUGGAACAGACAGCUACGAACAACGCUCCUCCACCAGCUACACAAGACGAUAUCGACGCUCUGCCCAAAAAACAGGUAUCAGAAGACAUGCUUGGCCCUGAGCACAAGGCCGAGUGCAGCAUUUGUAUUGACGAAGUAAACAUCGGCGAAACGGUCACCGAGCUGCCCUGCAAGCACUGGUUCCACCACUCAUGUGUGUCUGCAUGGCUGAUUGAACACGACACAUGCCCACAUUGCCGUAAAGGCAUUACCAAACACCAAGAAGGUGGAGCAAGUGCCCAAGCGUCUGCAUCAACCGCGCAAGCCUCUACUGGACCCCAGCCAACAGGUUCGCGGUCGAUGCCUGGCGCCUUCGACGCGGCAGACCCAUAUGUUGUCCCGUCAGAGUCUGGAUCUGCAGACAAUCAGGCUACUGGUACAUCAACAGCUACCGAUGCAGCUCCAGGUGGGGUUAGCGAACGGGUACGCAGGGGUUGGUCUGAUUCUCAGUCCUAA